AUGGUAUAUUUACCACCUGGAAAAACUAUUGUGGGAAGUCAUUGGGUCUAUAAGGUCAAAACUAAAUCAGAUGGUACCUUAAAACGUUGCAAAUCUCGUGUGGUUGCUCAAGGAAAUACACAACAAUAUGGGAUUGAUUAUGAAGAGACUUUCGCUCCUGUGGCUCGGAUGACAACAAUACGUACUCUUCUUGCCGUGGCUGCUGUACGUAAUUGGGAUCUUCACCAGAUGGAUGUUAAAAAUGCAUUUUUGCACGGAGAACUACAAGAGGAAGUGUAUAUGAGACCCCCUCCAGGAUUAGUUCAUUCUCCUAAUCAAGUAUGUAAGCUUCGUAAAGCUCUCCAUGGACUUAGACAAGCACCUCGUGCAUGGUUUGAGAAAUUUUCUGUUGCUAUUCUUCAAUUUGGCUUUCGUCAAAGCCCAUAUGACUCCGCAAUGUUCUUCAGAAGAUCCGUAAAAGGAACAUUACUUCUUCUUUUAUAUGUUGAUGAUAUGGUUAUCACAGGCAGUGACUCAGAAGGUAAAAAAUCUCUCAAAACUCAUCUGAAUUUAUGCUUUCAAAUGAAAGAUCUUGGUCACUUAAGAUAUUUCCUUGGCAUAGAAGUUGAUAGGUCAUCUGAAGGUUGCUUUAUAUCUCAAGUUAAGUAUGCCUCUGGGAUUCUUAAUCGAGAUGGAUUCACAGAUAGUAAGACCUCGAAAACACCUCUUGAGCUUAACGUUAAGCUCAAUCCUAUUGAUGGAAAAGCUCUGUCUGAUCCAACUUUGUAUAGACAACUAGUUGGGAGUAUUAAUUAUUUGACAAUAACAAGACCAGAUAUUAGCUACGCAGUACACGUUGUAAGUCAAUUCAUGUCAGCUCCUCGCACUACACACUUUGCUGCCAUUAUCAGGAUUCUAAGAUACAUCAAAGGAACAUUGUAUCAAGGAUUGCAAUUCUCUUCCAAGUCAGACCUUCGUCUUCAUACUUAUACAGACUCUGAUUGGGCAGGUGAUGUGACCGAUAGAAGAUCCACAUCUGGUUAUUGUAUCUUUCUAGGCAAUUCUCUAAUUUCUUGGCAUAGUAAGAAGCAGUCAGUUGUCUCUCGAUCUAGUGUUGAGGCUGAAUAUAGGGCUAUGACACACACUACCUCUGAAAUAGUUUGGUUACGGUGGUUACUGAGUGAUAUGGGUAUCCAUCUAGCAGAGUCUACUCCUUUAUACUGUGACAAUAAAGCCGCUAUUCAUAUUGCUCAUAAUGAUGUGUUCCAUGAGCGUACAAAACACAUUGAGAUCGAUUGUCAUUUCGUACGUCAUCACUUCAAAAAGAAGACCAUUACACUACCGUAUGUUAGCUCAUAA